AUGGACGAGGUCAUCAACGUCAUAUCGAAGUGUAUCACACAGCUUGAUCUCUUCGUGAAUGGCCCCGCUGCCCACUUGACUGGGACAGCGGCGCCCACGACGAUUGACACGAUAAGGAAGUGCAUCGCCGAUCAUGCAUACUUGUUCACUGACCACCAAAUCAAUGGCCAGCGCGUGUGGGAGCUUGUGUGUUCAGCGACCUUCACUGUCGGUGAGCCACGCGCACCGACGACUGCGACGACUGCGACUCUCCUCUCCCUCUUUUACCGCCUCACGGAUUUGGUAGCGGCCUCUGCGCGUGCGCCUGAGGCAGGCAUUCUCCAGCACCUUGUGAGGCUGAUGUGCGACGCUGUUAAGCCACCGCUCGUGCGAGGUGCGUCACCUGGGCAACUGCGGUGCCUCUUUGAGGCCGCGAUGCGUUUGCUAAAGAUCCUGCUUCCAUUAAAGAAGCACGCGGAUGUGCAGACGGAGUGCUUGCAUCUCCUGCUCGCCUUGAUGCAGCUGUCAGACGUGCAGGAGGCGCAUUGCGCGGUGGUUGCUUCUGGGGAUGAGGUGGCACAGGUGGCCAAGCUGUGCACAGAUAUCUGUGGGGCCAAGUAUGACGUUGCCCUUCGGCCGCAGAACGCUUCUAUGCAGCUGCUAGGUGGUCUGUGUGAGCAGCUGGCGUAUGUGCACGCCCUAAGCGGACAGCUUGUGGAGCGAAUUCUGAAAUGCUUCCUCGACGUUGCGAGGAAUCUGGCCCAGCGGGCGGAGGUGAAUCAAACUCUUGGAGAGGGCCUUCUUAGAGGCUUGGCGGGGUUUCUGGGCCGUUUUCCGCUCCGCUGCGAAGAGGACGCCCCUGCCUUGACGCUCAUCAACAACAUUGUACUCAGCGCACUGAUGCUGGGCGAAACGUCGGCCAACUAUACGUUCUGCCUUUCCGCGCUCUUCCUGCUUCGUCGUCGAGCCUCCGACACCCUUGCGCCUUUCACGCUGGUGUGCGCCGCCGAGUACAGCGCCGCUCUCAGGUCGCUGUGGAUGCACCGCAACAAAGACGUGCGUCGAGAAACACAUGCCGCGGCGGCAGUGUUCUGGUCCACGCUGAGCUCUCAGCUGCAGCAGCACUGGUCAUCAGAGGUGGCGGAUGCGAAUAACACGCGCAAUACGGACGCGCCACACGAGCUUCACAGCAUUGUGGAGCCCCUCCUGCAGUCCUUGGACUCGAGCGCGGACCGAGAAGCCUCUUAUGCCUUAGAAGCCCUGUAUCACCUGCUCCCUGCCGUGGCAGCGUUAAGUGGUCCUCAGACACUGCAGACGAUGAGCACGCGCCUCGAGGAGCGCGUAGGGGCUCUGCUGAGCACCCCGUCCGCACAGAGGACGGAGGCGUUGUUUCAACAAGUGCCGUACCUUCUCGCCACCCUCGGGCAGUUGUUGACGCUGCUGCCGUCGGUGUCGCCGCGGCAGCAGGCAGUGGUGCGGGAGCUCCUAGACCGGGUCCUCCUCCUUUACCCGCACCCGAAGUUCUACAACCGAGAGAAGAUAGUGCCGGGUAUCGUGCUUGUAACCAGAGCUCUCACUCACCACCCACGCGCACCCCACAACACCCUGCCUCGCCUCCUGAGCGAGCGUACACUUGAACUUGUUGGGGAGGCGCCAGGUGCAGCCAUGAUGAGGCUUGCAGGUGAGCGUAUCUCAAGUGAGGAACGGUUGGACCGCAUGGCAACGCUGUGGACGAGGCUCUUGACCAUACAUGAGGAAUCCGGCGCAGAAGCCGAGGCUGAGUCGAAGCAGCGUCUCUCUGCCGCCUUUUACCGCGCCUGCACGGGCUUCUGCGAGCAGGCGCGGCUGGAGGUGGUGGUCGUGGCAAGCAACAGCGAGGCGACACUCGAACGAAUUUUGGUGGACGGCGUCGAUGGCGUGCAGCCCAGCUUUCCGACGCAUUACAGUGCGUUUUUGAGUUUUGUGGACUUCUUUGUCCGCCUCAGCGAGGGGCUCAAGCGGUCUGGCCGCGUUUGUCACCCGCCAGCAGAGGAGUUGGCGGCGUGGCUGGAAGCGCUGGUGCGUGGCGCCAGUGCCGAACCGCACGUCUCCGGCUUUUACACGCUGCUUCACCGCACCGUCGUUGGCGAGGGCAUGUGCCCACGCUCAUUGACACAUAAUCAGCCCUCUGCGAACGCUCCCCUAGCGAGCGGCACCUCGGAUGUCACCAGUGACGGUCACCAUGAAAACCACCCGUGCGUCUCGCCGGUCCUUCGCCAUUUUUUAUGUACGGAGUGCCCGCGUCGGGUACACGUGUACAGCGACGAGCUGCUCUACCAGUGUGCCAUGUGCGUGGUGGUUGGUGCGGCGCUUGUGGGACGUGAAGAAAGGGGUGCGGUGGCCGGUAGCCGCCCCGGAGCAUGCAACGACAACCGCCGUCUCGAUGCAUAUGUGCGCGCCUUCACGGUUGUCAUGUCAGCCACACCAACCUCACCGCAAGCCGAAAGCACUACCGGCAGCACAAAUGAGGUCGUGCGCAGCUUUGGCAACAGCCCCGCUAUGCUCGAGAGUAACGGACAGCAUGCCUUGCGCGUGUUGGAAAAGAAAGCAAGCCAUUCGCCUCGCUGGGCAGCUGCAGUGCUGCCGGCACUCACGAGCGCCUUGCGCUCUGCGGAAGCGGUGGCUGCCGUGCGAGCCCCCGUUCAAAUGCUGUCGGCACGGCACGGUGUCACCAUCGCUGCGGAGCUGCAGCAUCACAGCAACAAGGCCAUCUUCGCCCUGCUCUGCAAGGGCGAGCGGGCCAGCAACAGUCGUCGAGAUAGCAUGCCACGCUGGCUGGCGACAAUGCAGCCGGUCACCGUACCGCUCGUACCAGUAGAUAGCGCACUGCACAUUGGGUACCUUGUCCCCCUCGUUUCACGGUUGAGCCUGCACGGCAAGCAGCCAGCAGUACGCACAGCGGCAGCGGAAGUGCUGUACUGGUGUGUCGUGUGGGUGAUGGGUAAGAAGGCGAACCACUGGGGCAGCGCCGUCUUUCCUCCGUUGCUGUCCCUUGCUUCUCUAGCCCGGACUGGCACGGGCAGUAGUAGUGGCGGCUGUGGUAGCAUGGUGCACCAGGAGUUACAUGGGUUACUGAUGCAAACAGCGCGGUGGUUUGGUAGGCCAGCGGGUACCCCUGAAGAGGCGGAGUCGUUUGUGCUCGUGCUGUUGCGCGGGCUUGGCGAGCGAGAGGCGACGCAACGACAGGUUGUGACGGAGGCCCUCUUUGCAUAUGCCAUACCGCCCGCAGACGAACCGCAAACGGUGACCCCUCAUUUUCGAGCGGUGAUUAGGCAUCUGGUAAUGAUGGAGUGCGGUGUAUGUGAGUGGUCCCGGUUAGGGGCGGCUCACUGUUUGCACGUGAUGAUGCGCCGCCUGUGCAAAGCUAGAGUGCCGGGGCUUGCGUGCAUAGUGCAGGCGGUGGCACAAGGUGCUGUUGGCUGCCUGCGGCGCUGCACGGAGGCCCCUCUAUGGGGGGCGGUGGAGACUGCCACGGGCAACGAGGUGCAAGAGUCGCUCCGUUGGUUGGGUGCCUGCUGUCGAGAUAUGCGCCGACUGGAAAAUGAAGAAGAGCAGAGGGAGGCAGACCAAGUCGCGGCAGAUCUUGUGCACGCAGCGUGUGCGGUGCUGCCAGCGUUGGCGCGACGACACACCGCCUGCGCCAUCACGCUGCUGCAGACGCUACCUGCGGUAACGCACAUGAGCGCCAACGCGCACCAGGUGUUGUUGUUUUCUCAGGAACUAAUCCGUGAGCAGCAGCAGCGCCUGGGCCCCGCCGUGGUCAGGUCACUUGACAGCGUGGUUGGCGGGUGCGCCACUCUCGUAGCGCUCCUUCAGAGUGGUUAUUGCACCGAAAACAACAAACGGGCGACCGCUGAAGCGGUACCCUCCGUCAUCUAUGCGCGGGCAGACGACUGCAGUGUUGACACAGAGCUGCUCCGUCUGCUGACGGUCGUGCUCCAGGCCAUUGUCGAGGAGGCACGUGUGGCAACGCAUGAAAGCAGGUGCGUUUCGCCGCGCCUCGUACGGUGGCUACUAGAACUUGUAGACGUGGUACCGGAGCAGACGCACGCCACGCAUUUCUCUCUGCUCCUCACGCCUACCGUCAUUGCGCAGGCUGCUCGCGUGAUGGUGGCGGGAGCUAAAGGCACCGUGGUGAAGUGGGCAGGAGACGUUGGUAAAGACGCAACUGUUGAUGUGCCACUUCGCCGUUGCGCCCCGUCUUCGCGACUAGCUCCGACGGCGCGGGGGUGCCUGGAACUCAUUGAGUUUCUAGUGCGCGUGGCGGGCCAAAGGUGUCGCGUUGCACAGGUGAUCGAGGAAGUACUCUGCGCCAUACAGGAAACUAGCGUGUUUGAUGUGUUCACCGCAGCCUCGCCUGCCCGCCAGCUUAUCGAUGCGCUAAGCGUAGGUCCAUCAGCGUGUGUUACUGGGCCGGUUGCCCUCGCAGCUGCGCUUUGCCAGACGGAGGUCCCUUGCUCCUCCGGCACCACGACGCUGUGGAUGCUCAUAGCUGAUUCAAUGAAGAUAUCGCCCAAGAUGGUUGUCACAAUGCUGUUGGGAUUACUGCAAAAUUCCGCCGCUCUCAAUGCUACGGGCGGCGAAGGGGUGUGUGAGGGACUGUUGGUACUUAUCUUCAGUGAGCCUGAUCCCGCACUCCUUCGCGAGCACCUACGCGACCUGCUUGCUUCCGACGCGGUGCAGCACCACAUCUCCUUCACGAGCUCCUCGUUCGCUGUCAGCCUCGACGACGAUGAUGGUGCAGCGGCUGUACCGCCCUCAUCAAGGUCGAGCUCAGUGCUACUGAGCCGCGCCUUCGGCAGUGCCAUGAACCGGUGCUGGCAGCAAGCAAGUGCCGCGCUACCCACAGACCGCCUCGUCUCUGCGCUGCCGUCCUUGACCACGGUCGUGCUGUCAGAAGGCGCCCUUCGAAGUUCAAGCGAGGCAGUCUUCCUCUUCAGUUUCGUUGGAGACUGGCUCGCGGAACUGCAGCGUCGCUCGCUGACAUCCGAACACGACAAGGUACUCUGCUGUGUCUGCGCGGAUCUGGUUGCAGCGGAGCGAGGGCUGCGGAAAAGCACGCCGGCGGAGGCGCAAGACGACGGCCGCGGGAGCGCUCGACUCACAGCUUUGCUGAUGGUUGUGCAGCUAAUAGGCCCUGCCAUCCGCACAGAUCCGACUCUGAGCAGCGCGCUUUGCGAUCUGGUGCUAGUCGUCAGCAAGCCCGCCAACAUCUAUAGCCUCCUGGCAAGUGUUGAUGCGACAGAGCGUGUUGGAUGGGGGUUUCAGGUGCUUACUGCGAUUGUGACGCCGCGCCCGGUGCAUCGCUCCUUGGCGGUUUUUCCUGUCGACUUGAAGACCGUGGGUGUGGCGUUCGACUUUCUCAACGAGGUACUCAACAACGCGCUACCGCUGUGGUGGACAGAGCUGAAGACACCUCAGGAAAAGACGAAUGGUGCCGAUGUGGUCCAGUCAGGGACAGCGCUCUUCGCGGCGGUGCUGCCCCACAACGUGCAGGUGCUCGAGGUGAUUGCCCCUCUCCUGGCAAAGGAGUCUAUGCCCCAGCGCGACACUAUUGUUCGCGAGGUGCAUGGGGCGCUUCAGGCGCUGAGCGCUUGCCCGCAAGCGCUUCAGCUGGACGCGUGCAGGUGCGUUUCCUGUUUGUUACGUGAUCCACGCACACACCCUGGCAUCUGCGACGCCCUCACCCAGCACGUCCUUCUUCCACUCCUACAGGCCUCCGCUGAGGCGGUGCGGCUGCGACUCUUCGAGGAAGAGGUUCACAACUGGGUAACUGAGGCCGGCAGGGCGCCCGCGCUCGGAUGUUUCUGCGUGCAGACGGCGGUUUUCUCCUGUCUGGCGCUGAUGCACCGCCUUUGCCCUCUGACCAACUUGCGCGGAUCGAUCAACACAGCGUUCACUGGCAGAAAUCCAAAUACAACUGGGGUGGAGCUCACUCUGGAGGUGCUGAAGGCGUGUCGCGCGGCAUGGCAGCCACCGACUGUCGGCGGCGACGACAACAGCGCUGGGGAGGCGGACGGUGACGUUGGCGACAGUGCGCGCGCCGACGCGCCGCGUCGAUACCGUCAAGCCGCGUUUCGGUGCCUGCUCGCGACGCUCUCGCAAACGCAGCAAGCUGAGAAGGUGUUCUGCCGAUGCCUUUUUCACGAACGCAGCGUCGCAGGGUGGAACGGCCUCUUCCUCGUGAAGAGACGCGGAGUCGUCGUGACGGAUUUGCUGGACGCAGUGGGAGAGGUGCAGCUAUGGCGAGACAUGGACAGGUGCCAAGUACCGGAGCUUUUUGCGCAUCUUCUUCGGUACUUUCCGUCAUCCUCGGUGACGCCGGGUGAGCCACCGGAGUGGGUCCGCCACGUUGUCGCGGUCGCGCAGCAGCCACAGCUGCGCCUGCCCGUCAGAGUGGUCUUUUACGAGAUGAUAUGCCGUCACGAACGUUUCUUUGGCACCUUCGCGCGGCGCAUCUUCGACGGGGUCGCCGACUCCGUUGCCGCGAUAGCGCCUUCGGAACGGGCGGGGAAAACCAUCUGGGAGCUUCUCGCCAUCCUAACGAGAUGGCACCGCAAAGGGGGGUCAGGAGCCUUUACUGUGGGUAGCGCCGCAUCGCUGAAAGCGCUUGCCCGGUAUGCUGCCUUUCACUUGGCAUGGAAGCACUCCUUCACUGCAGGUGAGGGAAGCCGUGCACUGGACCCCACUUCCCAUGAGAGACUUGCUGAACUGCUGGAGCAGAUCCGUCGGGCACAAGGCGCCACACCGGCGAGCCUGUCUACGCCGCAGCCGCUCACUGUGGCAGAGGUGAAGAUGCUCCUUUCGCACCCUGCGUACGAGCGCCGCGCCGCCUUGGAAGUGAUUUAUCUGAUCACAAACGCGUGCGGCUGUCUCGGCUGCACCGGAGACAGUCGGGAGGUGGUGGAGGUGUACGAUUUGCUGGGCGCUUUUCUGGGUGCCUCGGCAUCGCCGCAGCUGUACCGCAUCACGGCACGGCUCGUGGGCCUUGAACACCGUCUGCUGGGCGAAGCGGCGACACAGGAGCCGUUCUCUGCGGUCAGGAAGCUCCUUCGCGACGCGCUGCGGGGCACUGUGUGCGCAACGUUGGCUGUGUGCAAGUCGGACAAGAUGUUUCUCGAGGUGCUCGAGGCAAUGCAGGAGGACCGGAGUGAUGACUUGGUGUAUCAGCUGCUCAGUCGCACAGAUCUGCUGCGUCGAUAUAGCAUUCGGAAGGACUCAGAGAAACUGCUCACCUUGCGCGUCUUGGCCCGCGCCGGCACCUACGUCGCCGACAACUACGACUCGAUUCACGUGUGCUUGUCGGGGCUGCUGCGUGGCGGUCACGGAGAGCUUCUGCUAGGCAUCUGCACAGUUGUGAGGAACGCCUUACCACAUUUGUCGAUGGAGUCGGUGCACCACGUUCUGCGUGAUUUGUGCUGUCUCGACGUCUUGCAAGCGAUGGAGUCGGCGGAGCCGGCGCGUGUUGCCUUCUAUAAGAUGGGUUUGGCUGCCUUACAGCGGUGGACGAUCGUAAGGGAGAAUCAGGAGAAGCAGGACGGUGGCGACAGCGUCAGCGCAGAUGCUGAGGCAUUCCUUGUUCGUUGUGGACUCCGCGAUGUCUCUCCUGCUGUGCAGGGUGCGGUGCUGGAGUUCCUUGACGUUCACGCUCAGCAUGUACCAGACUCGAUGUGGGGGCGUCUCGCGUGUCUUUUCACAGCCGAGGACGGAGCGAGCGGAGACGGUCUCAGUGGCAGUGGAGGGUGGGUGCGGCAUGUCGCCUUCCUCCUCCUCUCUCUGUCAAAGCGGUCGUGCAACUUUGCCAACCCAACCUACUUUUUCCCGGAAGCCUUGCACUCAGAAGGGUCGUCUCCGACGCUGGCGACGAGCGCAGAUACCGCGGCGGAAGGCUCCGUUGCACGGCGGCAGCGCCGGAGCGCGCCUCUCUUCUCUGAAGUAGUGCAGUGCGGGGGUCCUGCGGAGGCAGCGACAGCGAACACUGCAUGCCCGAUAACCGCUGCGCUCGCCCGGAUUUACACGCCAUCUGCCUUGGUACCCCGGCCACCACAGCACCAGCAGCAGCCUUUGUCGGGUGCACGGAGACCUCGAGCAACUGGUGCGUGGCAACUUGAUGCCGCGCCGUGCGCCACCGCCGCCGCGGUAGCCCAAUCCUUGCUACACAUGGAAAGCGGCGAUUCUGAGCAAGAGAACGCGGUGAUAUCGACCGGUGUGAUGGUGUCCUGCCAAAUCUCUACAACAAUGCAACUACGCGAUGCACAUGGCGCCGCACUACGAGCUGGUCCCUCGGUGAUCAACGCACCAUCGGCAGCGCCCCUCCUUGAAAGCAACAGGGCCGGACGCUUCUCGGAGGUGCGGCUGACACUGCAGUCUCUGCUGGUGCCACUGCAGGUGUUGUGUCUCCACGAAGAUGAGGUGGCUUCCCGUGUGCUCAUCGAUCUUAUCAGCAACCCCGCCGUCGCAUCCCCUGCCACCAGUGAGUCACCACACACGGUCUCUCUGUGUAGUGCCUUCGCUUCCCUCUUGCCUUUGUUCGAGAGCGGGGCGACGACCAGGCAGUGCGAGCAUGCCAAGAACCCCUUCACCCUCUUCGUUGCGCUAGAACUGUUGUUGCAUGCGCAGGCGGCCGGUUGGCCGUCAUUUGCGAGUCUUGACUGCGCGGCCCUAGUGCGCCUCACAGGCGAUGUACAGGCGUGUGGCGGUACUGUGCCAACGGUGUCUCUGCCCGUCGCGGACGGCACAGCGCACGUUGUGGAGAGGUUGUUGUCGUCACCGCAGCCGUCGACAGCGCGGGGGGCGCCUACAAGACCCUGUCUUGCGUUUCCUACACUUGGGUGGCAUGCCUAUCACGUGGCGCAGCGACUGCGUCGACAUGAUGACGCGGCAUGCCAGGCGGCACUGCGUUUGGUCAAGGCUACGGGGCGGCACGGCGCACAGGUCAUUCAGUUGCAAGGCGCGCUCGGUGGCAUGGAGGUGGGUGGGGCAGCCUACUCGGUUCGUGUUAUUGCAAAGCUCUUGGAAGAUGAGGAAAAGGAGGCAGCAGCAGCAGCAGUGGCAACUGUAGCGUUCCCUGCAACGCACGUGAGCGGCGGAGCCUUUACCUUGUUCGCUGCUCGGGAGGAAGUGCUGCGCCACUACCGGAGUCGUGCCUCACGGCUGCUGCUGGAUUGGUGUGGUGCGGCGUCGGCUUUGCAGUCGGGAACGCCUGCAGGGGCAGGGGGAAGCGGAGAAGUAAGCGUUGAAGGCGCGCGCCUCCGCUUACGCGCGCAACUGCAGCUGAUGUGCGACGGGGCUGAGUCUGCUGUGACAGCGGAAGCCUCGACGGCGUCGCGGCACCGCACGGGGUUUGAGUGGGGUGCGUGUCUCAUGGCAAAUGGACGCUGGUUGGAUUGUCAGCUUCAUGUAGAGACCUCUGUUGACCACCUGCUUGGAAGUACCACUUCUCACUAUGACGGCGGCGGCAGCUCGCUAGCCUGCGGGUACCUCGCCGCGAACUCCCUCUCGCAGUUGGCGGAUGCAGCGCAGGUGCUGCGAUUGGUCUCCACGAGCGCCGCGAGCAGCGCCGGAGUGGCGCUGCAAACGUACCUCGACGCGAUGCCAGCGUCGGUGCCUCUCAGCGGUGCAUAUGGCCCACUGUUCAUUGACGAUGUCCUUCUCAUCCGCAGGCUCAUCAUCGACUACCACGUGCAAAGGACGGGUGAUCUCUCGGGCAGCUUGCAGUUGACGGACAACGAACGUCACAAGCUUGUUGCACGGAUUCACGAGCUGCUGGGCACGUGGACUGUGCAGCAGUGCGAAGAACUGCUGCUUCUUCCGGAGAAGACGAGUGCCAUCGAGACUAUAGCAUCCAAUGCGGACCACGCCACGCUCUCCCAGCCGACACGCUGCGCCUUGGAGUUUCUCAAGAAGCGGAGUAGCCUCUUUUGUAUUGCGGUUACGCCAGGUGAAGUGAGUGGCACAUCACGAGAAGAGGCUCUUGCCGCGUUCCAGAAGGCGAUGGGAAAGGACGUGCAGCAGCGUGCGGUGGCGGGGCUGUUGUCUCCUACAGCGGCGCGGCAGUGGGCCGCCGACGUUGCUCAGUGCGAAGUAGAGAUGCUCGCCUCUAUCGGUAGCAUCCUAAGCGGCUCUGCUGAGUCGACAGCCUCUGCACAGAAGAGAGAGAUGUGGGUGUCAACGUUAAAGGAAAACUUACAGGACACGAUACCGUCCCACGUGACCCUGCUCAACGCGCUGGAGAAACUGUUACCUCCCGCGUCGCGCGGCGACGGCACCCUCGCCGACAUGUGUGGAGAUGCGAAGGAUGCUGCACACGCGUCCUCCAUAACAGCCGCGACGCAAUCGCUUUGGCAGCUCUACGCCAACACAUUUCUCUGGUGCGCGCAGGCAGCGGGCGACCGCAACAUGGAAGGCGAUAGUGGAGGACAUCUUCCGGUCUCAGCACGGGUGCCGCGACUGCUCUCGCUAUUUGCCCUCCCGCGAGUAGCCGAAGCCGCAGCGAAAGCUCAGUGGCGCGGUACAUGGGAGGCUCUGGUUAUGCUGCCUACACCAGUGUGGCUCCCAUGGGCAACCCUCCUUGUCAAUGCGCUCCUGCAGACGGAGCACGCCGUCCUGGCCAGAAUCCUCCUGCGCCUGUGCCGCGAGCGUGGGCAGGUGCUCUACUACCCCAUCAACUGUGCCUGGCGCAGCCUCGCCGAUCUGGGAAAACGUCGCGACGCCGGCCGUGCUAUCAAUGACGACCUGACACGUGAGCUCGCGGAGCUGGACAAGUGGCACCAGAGCCACAGGAUGGCUCUUGUUGCCGAGUUCGCCGCCGCCCUUGAUGAGCUCGUAGAGCCCCAGCAUCGUCUGGAGGUGCGGCUGAGCGAGGUUGAAUUACUGGUGAAGCAGCACGAGCAGUGCACGCGCGGCGGCGCGCAGACGGAGUAUCUUAUGGCGGCACUGCAGCUGUACGAACGUUGCAAAGGUGAUCUCAUGGACCCAGCACGAUGGGGACGGGCGCAACUCUACCACCGCCUCGCUGCACAGGUCUUGCAGGAGCUCGAUGGCCGGAACGCUUUUUCCACGGAGGUGCUCAAGUCAGGUGAACAGUUCCGCAGCGCAAAGAGGGAGGCCCUUCGCCAGGUAACACAAACGCUGAACACCUUCGCCUCGAGCGCAUCGAAUAGUGCCACCACGCCACAGGAACUGAGACUGUACUCGGAGCGACUCCCACGCGCGCUGUGGCGCAGCGCCACGGCCGCGACUGCUACUACCCAACCGGGCUACACCAGCGAUGCGGCCGAGCCGAUCCUCCAGCCGGCUCAGCCGUCACACCUCCUCCAUACACCGCUGGAUGCAGCUCAGCAGUGCUGUACGCUCGUCGGCGUAGCAGACCGCGUCCUCGUGCUCAAGUCUAAGCGGUUGCCGAAGAAGGUGGAUAUGUACACCUCUGCCGGCAUCUGCACCUAUAUGGUGAAGGGUGGCGAGGACCUCCGGCUAGAGCAGCGCAUCCAGGAGGUGUUCACAUUCGCAAAUCUGUGUCUUAUCGCGUCUCCACGCUUUCGGCUGUCGGCGUUGACGAUCCGCACCUACACCGUUAUCCCCGUCUCGCCGCGUGUGGGGCUGAUUAGCUGGGUGCCCAGAACGACCCCGCUGCAGGAGCUCAUGAAGGAGGCCACACCGCCAGGUGCGCACGAUGCUGUGGCCCGCUUCUGCCGGGCUCGCGGAAAGCCACAGGACAUCCUCCCUCUCUACAAAACCGCUCAUAUCACCAGGAUCCCAGAAGAGGAGUACAAGAAUCUUGUGCUUUGUCUGCGCCAGUCGGCCCUUGUAGAGUCGCUCGAGAGUAUCGCCACUGACCACUGCUCUUGGUUUGGCGUACGGGACGCAUUCUUGGACACGAACGCCGCCGCCUCCAUAGCGUCUUUUGUGCUGGGCGUUGGGGACCGCCACGCUGGCAAUUUGCUGGUGGACCUCCUAAACUGUGAAGUGGUGGCCAUCGGCUUCGGCCUGGCGUUUGGCGACGCGACGCGCAAGCUGCCAGUGCUGGAGCUGAUGCCCUUUCGGCACACGCCUCAGCUUCAACGGGUACAAGGGGUGUUAGGGGACGACGUCACGCGCUGCCGUAUGCGCCGCGUCCUGCAGGUCUUGCGCGCCGAGCGACACGUUGUCGAAGGAAUGGUAGCAGCGCUGCUAAUGCCAGAUACCGACGCCAUAGGUGACGAGGCACGUCGCAUUGCUGGGCAUCAGCUUGAUGUGGUGCGUCGCAAGCUUAAUCUCGAGCACCCCGCCGACAUCAUUUUGCGCGACGUGGCACGCAACGCGUACGUGACCCAAGACAAAGACGUGUGGAGCGGAGUCAAGGCGUGUCUCUGUGAGGGGAAGCGAGAGGAGAACGUAGAGGACGACGAUCUCACGGAGACGGCGCUGUCGACGCUCCAUCAGGAGGAUGUAUUUGUGCAGCGACUGCUGCGCAUCGCCUCUGACCCGCGCGUACUUGGUCGUGCCCACGCUGGAUGGCAGGCGUACAUGUAG